AUGGCACCAAAAGUUUUCAUCACAGGAACCACCGGUUACGCUGGAGGCGACGCCCUCUAUAAACUGUACAACGCACACCCAGAUUGGAAAUACACAGCCCUCGUCCGCAACUCUGGCCGAGCCGCUCCUGUAGCCGCCGCAUUCCCCAAAGUGCGUUUCGCAUAUGGUUCUUUGGAAGAUGCAAGUAUCCUCGAAGAAGAAGCUGCCAAGGCCGAUAUUGUUCUACACACAGCAGAUUCCUCCGAUCAUGAGAUUGCCACUCGAGCUAUAGCGAAAGGUCUCGCGAAAGGUCAUACCAAAGAAAAGCCGGGGUAUUGGUUACAUUUAUCCGGAACGGGGAUUUUGUGCUGGAAAGAUAUGGAGACGGAAACGUAUGGCGAAGCUCCAUCGCAAGAACCAUAUGAUGAUCUCGAAGGCGUUUCGAAAUUGACUUCGUUGCCCGAUACAGCAUUCCAUCGCGAUAUCGACAAGCUUGUUUUGGCAGCUGGAUCCGAGAGCGUGAAGACGGCAGUCGUGUGUCCGCCUACCAUUUAUGGAGCUGGACGUGGACCUGGAAACCAACGCAGUCGUCAGGUAUAUAAUUUGGUGAGAAUUACGCUGCAAAAAGGUCAAGCGCCUCAGCUAGGAAAGGGUCUCACGGAAUGGGAUAAUGUACAUGUUCAUGAUCUCAGUUCGUUAUGGCUAUUACUAGCCGAAGCAGCAGUCGCAGGACCAGGACCCAACGAUGCGGAGCUCUGGAACGAGAGGGGUUAUUUCCUAGCUGAGAAUGGUCAUCAUGUGUGGGGAGAAGUAUCCAAACAAGUUGGCGAAGUCGCAUUUGAGAAGGGAUAUAUUCAGAAGAAAGAGGUGGCACCAAUGAAUGUGGAAGAAGGGAAAGAAUUGGCGGGAUUUGAAGCAAUUUCUUGGGGAUUAAACUCUAAGGGGUUUGCAAAGAGGGCUCGUAAAUAUUUGGGGUGGAAACCUACGGGCAAGAGUUUGCAGGAUGAGAUUCCUUUGAUUGUGGAGUCGGAGGCGAAGUUAGAGGGUUUGGUACCGGGUCAUGCUGCUAAGGCUUCUGGUGCAGCAUGA